CUCAUGAUUAUGAGCCACAACAAUUAGUGCUCAUUUUGCAAAGAAUUGUGCUCUAGAUAAACUGAGAGAGCCAAAAAAAUGUCUAGCAAAGGAAUAACUCUGAGAGUCAAUGUUCCUGGAAAAGGAGCUGCACAAUCCCCUACCAGCCAUCUCGGAAUUAGGGUCCCUGCUCAGGACUACGAGAAGUCAAGGAGACAAGCCCUAGCCAACGACACUCUGUUUGAAGAUCCCUACUUCCCUGCAGACGAAUCCUCUCUCUUCUUCAGUCAGAAACUGCCUUUCAAGCCUGAGUGGAAGAGGCCCGGGGAUAUUUGCAAGGACCCUCAGUUGUUCUAUGGUGGUGCUAACAGGUUCGAUGUGAAGCAGGGCAUGCUUGGAGACUGCUGGCUAGUGUCAGCCAUUGCCUCUAUCACUCAAGACUCUCUCCUACUCAAAAAGGUGGUCUCCAUUGAGCAAGGCUGGGGCUAUGGUUAUGCUGGCAUCUUCCAUUUCAAGUUCUGGCAUUUUGGAGAAUGGGUGGACAUUGUUGUCGACGAUCGUCUGCCUACACACAACGGGAAAUUGAUCUUUAUUCAUUCUGAAGAUGACAAUGAGUUCUGGAGUGCUCUUCUGGAGAAAGCCUAUGCCAAGCUGUAUGGAGGGUAUGAGGCCCUGAAGGGAGGCAAGACGUCUGAAGCCAUGGUGGACUUCACUGGGGGAGUGGUAGAGUCCAUUGAGCUGGCCAAGGCUGAACCUGAUCUCUUCAACAAGAUUCUUAAGAACUCACGGCGAUCCUCUCUCAUGAGUUGCUCCAUCAGGAUUAGCAGCAGAGAUGAGGUAGAAGCGAAACUUGACAGUGGGCUUAUCAAGGGCCACGCCUAUUCAGUUACUGGAGCGAACCUGCUCCCUGUGAGGGGCAAGGAAGUCAAGCUCAUCCGGAUCCGGAACCCGUGGGGGCAAAAGGAAUGGAAUGGAGAUUGGAGCGACAAGAGCUCCAUUUGGAAGAACGUGCCUGAGGAGAAGCGUCGCCAACUGGACCAGAACAAUAAGGAUGAUGGAGAGUUCUGGAUGUCUUUUGACGACUUUUGCAAGCACUUCACCGACUUUGAAGUAUGCAAUGUCACCAUUGAUGCUCUCUAUGAAGAUGAAAACACAAAGAGUUGGAACUCUCUGAUCCAAUCCGGCAGUUGGCUUGGUCCCAAGGCUGGAGGAUGUCGUAACUUUCCCACCUUCACCAACAACCCCCAGUUCCAGAUAUACCUGGACGAGGAUGACGAUGGUGACGGCAAGUGCUCUUGUCUCAUUGCCCUCAUGCAGAAGAACCGACGCAAGCAGAGGAAGAUGGGUGUGCAGGAUCUUUGCAUCGGUUUCACCAUCUAUAAGGCCCCUGAAGAGGCCACCACUUCUGUGGACAAGCAAUAUGUGGACUACCACUUGAGUACUGGGACCUCUGGCAGCUUCACUAACGCUCGUGAGGUUCAGAAUCGGUUUGAUCUGGACCCAGGUUGUUACAUAAUCAUUCCAUGUUCUUUCAAUCCGGGUGAGGAGGGAGACUUUCUCCUCAGGAUCUUCACUGAGAAAUCAUCUGAGAAAAAGCCCAAGGACGCACACGGUGUGGUGGUUCAAGACGGUGUACGUAAUGGAAAGGUGAUGAGCAUGUUUUCUAAGCUAGCUGGAUCUGAUGGAGCGAUAGACUCAGAGGAGCUGCAGGACAUGCUCACAGCCUACUUUUCUAAGGCCAUGUCCAGUGGGUCUGCUUUCUCUCUGGAUGCUUGCAGAUCCAUGAUCGCUAUGCUCGAUGAGGAUGGCAACGGCACUCUUAACUAUGCGGAGUUUGAGAAUCUGUUAGUCAUCAUUGCUAACUGGAAGAAAAUGUUCUUCAAAUUUGAUAAGAAUCGCUCUGGUACCCUGGAGAGACAAGAGGUGUACAGUGCCGUCAUGAGCCUUGGCUAUGAGAUCUCCCGUAAUACCAUGUUGGUGCUAUUCAACAGGUUUGCCAGGAAGAGGAAGCACAUGCACUUAGACGACUUUGCCUCCUGUCUCUCACGAGUCAAAAUCAUGGAUGAUACCUUCAAGAAGAGGAGCAAUGGUGGACGGGUCACUAUGAAUAAGGAUGAGUUCUUUAACGUCACCUUGGGUAUCUGAUGGCCAGUGGAUGGAUCGUAUAUUGUACUGCAGAAGAAAAUUGAUCAAUUCAAUAGUAGUUAUACGUAGGUAUAAUUUCCCUCAGAUUUUACUGUCUAUAUCAGAUUUCCACACCUAGAUCUAGUACGAACAAUGUGUAGUAUAUAAUUAUAGCAAUUUAUUUUAAGUCACACAGGCAUAUAGUUGCAUGCAUGCAUGGACAAUUAUAAUUGGAUACAUAUAAAACUAUACACAACUUGGUCAGGUAUUUGUAUACACUUAAUUACACAGAAGCACAAGUACAAAGCAAGAUGCAAUAUGCAUGGCUAUGUUUGGGGCUGCCUUGCAAGUGGU